AUGGCUUGUCUGCUGCUGUCUCUUCGCAGUCUUUCGAGGGACACUUCAGAAGCUGCGCAGACAGAAAGAGCUCUGGUGCUGGAGCAGCUGCUUGCAGCAGCAGCAGCAGCAGCAGCAGACCAACGGACGACAGAGGCAACAGCAGCAGCAGCAGUAUCGCCUCGCAUAGAUCUCGGCAGCCACUGCCCCGCUCUGGUUCGCUGCAGCAUUUUGCUGCAGCAAGUAGCAGCAGAAGCAACAGCAGCAGCAGCAGAGCCAACCUCAAGGGCUGCGCCUGGUAAUUUGGCUGCACGGGCACUGGCGCCUGAAGGAGCAGCAACACGGCCCUGCUCAGCAGCAGCAGCAGCAGCAGCAGUGGCAGAAGGCUCGAGCUGCGUGUAUAUCCCAGACCCUUUGGAGGCUGCUGCUGCAGCACGAUCUCGGCAGGCAGCAGAAACGGCAGCAGGCGCAGCGCAGCUGCUGCUGCAGCGAUAUUCACCUCUGCGGAAGCAGCAGCAACAAAAGCAGCAGUGUCAGGGUGAGACUGCGGGCGGCGAGCAGCAGCAGCAGCAGCAGCAGCAGCAGGACUCUCAUAGGCCUCCUCCCGCCUGCCUGCCGCUGCUGCGGUGUCUGUACGUUCGGCUGUUGCUGGGCUCUAUUGGCUGCAGCGAUGUGCAGCAACCGCUCCUGUGCAGCUCCAGCUGCAAGGCCUCGAGUCCGCAGAAACUGCUUUGGGUGUCUGGACAGCUCUAG